AGUGGAGAGUGGGACAUAGCUAGUGAAGAUUUCUUCUUGAAUUUGUCGCCCUUGCCUUCCCCUAGGUGGUCGCCUCUACGCUUGACUCCGUCACCACCACGGCCUUUUCUACCCUCGUCCAGUUCAAUGGUCAUGCAGUAUCAAGGGUGUAAUCAAUCCAUGGACGAUCCGCCACAAAAACAAGAGCACGACCACAUCGUCGACCCGCCACCAUACUUGGCCGGAGACUCGGCGCUGUUGCAGCAGCAGCUACGUAAGAACAAUCAGGGCUUUGAAGAAUUGAAUAUGGGUUUUGAAGAAGAAUCCGAGGAGGAGAUGAUGAACUGUUUCUAUUUUCCUCCGUCGCCCACAUAUUUCCCUCUGUAUCGGCAGAUGCCUACUGUUUUUUUCGUUUCUACUAGUAAUAUACAGGACAUCAGCUUGGCGCUGUCUUGUCAGCACAUAAUUGAGGACAAGAGCGGUGCGUUGCAUGUGCUCAACGGGGUGGAACGCAGGCACAUCGUUGACCUGCUGAUCGAUGGCUAUAAAUCUUACGUGGUAAACAAGUUCGGUGAUUUGUAUCAAACAGCAAGGGAGGCGGGCGUGGUGCCCGAAGUUGUGGAGUCGUUGCUGGAUACCAUAGUGGAUGAGCUCACGCGGCGCACCGAUGGCAUCGAAAUGACAUUAAGGCGGAUCAACUGGUUGGAACAACACGACGAGGACAUGGUUGAACAGCCGGUCUUUGAAGUAGUGGGCGUCGCACAGCAACUAAUUCAGAAUAGGGGCGGUGAGUUGGAUGUGAUCUUUGGAGGGGGAGUUUGCAUGAUAAACGGGCUGGAACGCAGAGACAGUCAAGGCAUGCCUAUGACUCCGGAAACAUUGCUUAUUUGUCCGGUCAAGCACUCCGUAAGAUUGUGGCUGGGACACGGCGGCCAAUGGGCGGCCGAGGCUCGUUACAGGUGUAAUCGCCUCAACAUUGGCAGUUUCACAACUGUGGAGGACGCCAUCUCAGCCUAUGAGCUGGUAGGAAGGCAAAGUGGAUGGAUGGAUCUUACUGGUUUCCCUGGACUCUUUGAAAAUGGAAACAGAUCAAAACUGCCACCACAGUUGCCACCAACAGCACAAGAAGAAAAACGAGGUGAGGAUUUUGGAUUGGUGCGCUGCAAUGCCACGGGGAAUGAUGAAAUUGAGGCAGUUGGAACUGGUAGUGAGGGAACGGGGGAAUGUGUAAUGGCAGAUCAAGCUCGGUUGAAUUCCGUGUGUUUGGAAAAAAGGAAAACAAAGGAAAAGAACCCAGGAGGGGAGAAAAGAAACCAGAAAACAAAUGGAGUUAGAAUAGCCAUUCCUCUGGAAAAUAUCUUACAAACCAAGGGAAUGCAUUGUAAAGAUGCUGCAAAGCAUCUCAAAGUUAGCAUCACUAAAUUGAAGAGUUCUUGUCGGGAGUAUGGUAUCCAGAGAUGGCCACCUCACAAUGAACACAAGCUUAUUAGGCAAUCUCUCCCCAAUGCAACUCCCGUGGUUGUCAAUCAAGAGGGAAUCCCACACUUGACUUCUGAUAUUGUGCCUUCUAAUCAAGCCUUGACGGCUACUGUUGACACAAAUAAUUUUUUCGAAAAGGAAAUUCUGCUGCCGCAGCUUUUGCCUACAACUCAACAAGAGAACCCUGAUGUGGGUUUCGACAAUGAUAAAGAUGAGGCAAUUGGAAUGGAGGUUGCGGGAACAAUGGAAGGUGCAAUGGUAGAGGCACAAUUGUAUUAUGGGUGUUCAGGGAAUGGGAAAUGGAAGGAAAAGAGCCCAAGAGGAGAGAGAGGUAAGAACAGAACUACUGGAGUCAGAAUUGCGAUUGCAAAGGAGGAUAUCUUACAAACUAAGGGAAUGCGUCUUAAAGAUGCUGCAAAGCUUCUAGAAGUUAGCCGAUCUACGUUCAAGCGAGCCUGUCGGGAGUAUGGUAUCAAGAGAUGGCCACCUCGCAAGGAAAGCAAGCUUGUUAGUCAAUCUUACCGUAAGGAAUCUCCUGCAGUUGUUGAUCAAGUGGGAAUUCAACUAUUGAAUUGUGAUAUUUUGCCUUUUGAUCAAGCCUUGGCAGCUACUGUUGACACAAAUAAUGUCAUUUUAAAGGUAAGAUGCAUAAACGAUAUUAUAGUGAAGUUUCCUCUUUCUUGGCCUUGGAAAAUGGCAGAGCUAGAGCAACAAGUGGAAAAGAGGCUGAAACUCAAGUCUGGAACUUAUUACAUCAAGUACAAAGAUGAGGAAAAUGAUAUUGUAUGUAUACUUUGCGAUGAGGAUUUACAAAAUUAUAUAUCCAGUUCUACACCGCUGGGCACUAGUUCAAUUGAGGUAUUUCUUGUGCCAAAGUAGCUUAUUAAUUGCGUGUUGACCAAUUUGAAUCUU